AUGACAUCGCCCGGAGAUGCCACUCCGGUGAAACCUCCGCCGUCCUUCUCCCCCGGCGUAGGGCGCAGCGCAUCAAAGUCCAGAUAUCCGGAUGAGCAUGAGUCCACAGCAUCUAUAGACGCCGAGUUAUCAGAGGCCCGCUCGGUGUCAUCGCCAACACCACCUCUAUCAGCUACGACUGCAGAGCUGCCAAUUCGGUCAGCGUCACCGCAAUCCCGCUCGGUUAGAUCGUCCACCCCGCAAUUAGCUCGAUCAUCAUUCGGAUCCCCUUUUGAUGGACGCUUCGAUGGUUCAGAAGAUAUCAGAUCAUUGAUAAUCCGGGCUUUCUCUCCAACUGUCGCCGUCUAUGCUUCCGAGGAUACGGAUGAGCUGGUCAGGAAUAAGGGGUUUAAGGGGGGCUUCUGGGAACUGCUCCGGCCGUUCGGGGAGACCGUUACGGGGAAGGUGAUUAUCCGGGACAGCAUUGGGUCUAGUCGUGCCUGGGAAGACUAUGGGGUGCGUUUUGUGGAUCUGAAAGGGCUGGGUCGAGCACCUGCCAGUCGGGAUUCUGGACGAGAUUCGCCUUUGGCGCAGAUUGAAGAGGUUCUGGAGCAGCAAUUAGGCUCUGCGGAGGGAUCUUUGGGAGCAUCUUUGCCUUCCAAGGAUGUUCUGGGCUUUCCAGCUACAACAUCUCUUGCUAAGCUGUUUUUGAGGCAACUCCUAUCCUCUACGCCUGCCGCACCCCACGAGACAUUUGGGCACCCUGUGGCAAGUGUCAUUGCAAUCAGCUCCCGUAACAAAGCCCCUCUAGAGACCCUGCGACAACUCUACGCUGAGACCAAUACGGGCGACAAGCGGCUGCCGGACUGGGUGCAUCAGGAGUACCUCCGGUAUUAUGUCUUAGUUCACGAUGAAGAGCGGGACGAUAUUACGGAGUCUACCAAACUAUAUGAUCAGAUGAAGCGCCAUUUCGGUCUACAUUGUCAUCUUUUAAGACUCCGAAGCAGUCAGUGCGUCGUGACUGAUGACGAUAGCGUUCAAGUGCCACAUUGCGAGUGGCUUUCUCCACAAGAACACCUGUCCGGAGUUGGGGAAGCCGAGACACUGGUGGAUCUUGGCACAGAUGGUACUCCUUAUCUCUUCGACUCCGACGUGUCAGCAAUCAAAUCAUUCAUUCGAGAACUUACUGUACAAUCUGUGAUUCCCUUCAUGGAGAACCGAGUAGCAGUUUGGAAUGACCAAGUUGCAUCUCGUCGGCGCGGCAUCAGCGGCCGGUUCAUGUCAAUGUCAAGACGGUGGGCUGGCUUCGGCUCCAGCUCUCGUUCUGGUAUUGGCGGUUCGGGGGGCGGAAACAGUGGUAAUUACGACACGGAGCACAAUUACUACCGUCAAGACACGCCCGAGGCAAUCUUGCGGAAGAUGGCUGACUUUGCAUUCAUGCUCCGUGACUGGAAGCUUGCGUCUUCUACAUACGAGAUGAUUCGGUCGGAUUUUGGAAACGACAAAGCGUGGAAGUACCAUGCAGGAGCUCAUGAGAUGUGUGCUGUCAGCAUGUUGUUAAAUCCACUCGCUAUGUCGGCCAAAAUCAAGCUCGAGAGCGUCGACCAGAUGUUCGAGACCGCUUGCUAUUCCUACCUCACUCGAUGUUCCGACGCAACACAUGCUCUCCGAUGCUUGGCUUUGGCCGUGGAACUUCUCAAGUCUCGAGGCGGAUCGGCAACCGAGAGUGCAGCCAGAUGGGCCAUGCGGGUCAUGGACUUUGGUCUGGUUGGCUCUGUGGGUCAGAUUCUUUUCAUGGAGCGAGUGGCCGCAUGCUACGCUUCAAAGACCCCUGUGGGCGGCGCUAAAUGGGGUGCUCGGAGGAGGAAAGCUGGCAUGUGGAGCAUCUUUGCUGCUGAUCAGUGGCUCAAGGCUGGCAAGCCUACCCUUGCUUCUGCCUGCCUUGAAGAAGCUGAACGGCUCUAUGCCGAUGUUCUCGAGACUGACGGUGUUUUCCCAAUGCCGGAGAUGCAGAGCUUCAUCGACAACUUGCGCCACGCCGUGAAAGUCGAGUACCUUCAGGCUCGGGGUUUCGACGCUCAAGACGAACCGGCUGCCGAUGACCCUCUUCGCACUGAAGAGAUCAGCGAAAAGUUGGACAAGCGCAAUCAUCGUCGCUCGCUGAUUGGGCUUCCCGCGCAAUUGGAUGCUGGAACUCUCAUGAGUGCAGGCCCAAGGGACAUUGAGGAAGAACCGAAUGAUGACUUUGAACGAGCCUAG